GGGUGGGCUGUGGGACGCGUAUAGAAAAGAGGAGUGCGGCUAAAGGCUGUCACACAUCCCCUAGUGGGGUUGAUACUAUACAAAUCUCGAAUCUCACUUCUUUCUCUGGAGCAGGAACACGUCCAAACCGAAAGAAACGAAGGCAAAGCACUGUGUCUGUGCAACUAUUAUAUUUAAGUAAUUUAGAUUUUAAAAAGAGAUGGCAAGCACUACUGUCACAACAGCACAGAUAAUACAUAGUGUAUAUUCUUUUGGACUUGGGCAACACUGCGCCAAAAUCGCAUUGCAAUCCUCGGAAGAAACGUGCAGCGUCACCAACACUGGGGUCCAUCAAAGCAAAAGCAAAGUGCUGAAAAGACAGCGUUCUAGUACGCCCGAGCUCCUCAGGUGCAAACGGAGGCUCAGCUUCAACGGACUGGGAUACGACAUCCCUCAACAGCAGCCGAUGGCCGUGGCGCGGCGCAACGAGCGGGAGAGGAACCGGGUCAAACAGGUCAACAUAGGCUUCCAGACCUUGCGCCAGCACGUGCCCAACGGGGCGACUAACAAGAAGAUGAGCAAAGUGGAAACACUGAGGUCAGCUGUGGAGUAUAUCCGUGCGCUCCAGCAGCUCCUGGACGAACACGACGCGGUGUCAGCGGCUUUCCACUGCGGGGUGCCGUCUCCUACUCAUUCGAACAGCUGUUCCGCUGAACCAGAAUCGCCUCACUCCACUUAUUCCUCAGACGAAGCAGGCUAUGAGACUCUAAGCUACGAGGAGCAGGAGUUGUUAAAUUUUACUACCUGGUUUGACAGAUACUGAUCAGCUUUUCCAAGUGCAAAAAGUUGUAGCAGGAGAAUAAACGACCAGAGUACCUCAUUUCACUAUCACCAAGACUCAGAAGAUAAGGUUUAACGGACGGCCACUCUUCAUAGCGAAUCUAAGUGCAAUUAAGUCAAUCUAAUUAAAGGCCUAAGAAUGUCGAAUUUUUACACCAGAUGAAUUUUGGAGUCCCAGGACUUCCAGUGAUGCUAGGACUUAAAAGACUGUAUCCAGGUUUUGCAGAAAACAAUGCCAACCUCUUACAUUAGCCUAUAUUUUAAAUCGAUGUAAUUUUUUAUGUUUGUGUUUGUAUUAUACAUCACACUGAACGACAAGAAAACUUAUUUUUGUAUAUGAAAAUCUCUGUAUUAUUGACACUGCCACUUUUGAAUGUGUGUGAAGUAAUGUUAAUUGACAAGGGGGAUUGUCUUCCAUUAGAAGACUUAAACUUUAAUACUCAUGUUUGAGUUACUUUCAUGGAAAGCAAAAGCUUUCUGUGAAGGAUCGAAGGGUUUUAGGCUGGUUUUUAGGUUUGUUUUAUUUUGUGCACUUGUG